AUGAAAGUUCUCACCGUCGGCGCCUCGGGCUCCAUCGGCAGCGAAGCCCUCUUCCAAUGUCUCUGGCACCCAUUAAUCACAUCUGUCGUGGCAUUCGUGCGUCGAGACCUCCCGGCUGAAGUAUCAUCGAACCCGAAACUAGAUGUCGUGAAAAUUAGAGAUUUCGCCAUGUGGCCGGAAGACGUGCUACGGGAGCAUAAGGAUGCUGUGGGGAUGAUCUGGGCCAUGGGCACCUCGACCGGCAGCAUGACAGCGGACCUCGAAUACCCACUCAGUUUCAUAGAAAGUAUGGGCAAAGUGUUAGAGGCGGAGGCGAAAUCGAAGCCGAGAGCGCAGCGAUUCCGAUACGUCCAUUUAAGCGGGAAAUUCGUGCGACAAAAUCAAGAAGAGAGAUUAUGGUUUUUGGAAAAGCCGAGGAAGAUCAAGGGUCUACUGGAAACUCGCGCCCUAGCUUUUGCAGAAGCCCACAGAUCCAUCUGGCAGACCUUCAUCGUCAGGCCGGGCGGCGUGGUACCUCGACAAAUCGGGGCAGGGGGAUGGUUGUAUACGAUCACGCCGAUUGGGGCGUUGUUGGGCGAGAAUUGGUCCGUGAAGGUACAAGAGCUAGGGACGUUUAUGACGCAUCUGGUGGUUGAUGGGACGGGCGAGGAGGCUAUAACGGACAAUGCACGGAUUGUGAGAAAGGGGAGGGAGUUGCUGGAUGCGGGGGGAAGGUGA